AUAGCAAACUCUGUUAGUUUCUGGCGACAUGUGGUGAAAUGCAUCCAUCGUAACUUGGCAGCUUUUGACAUUUUACACUGACACGCUGGUCUGCAAUUGAACCUUCUUGUUGGAUUUACGUUCUCUGUUCUUGCAGGGAUGCUUCACAGCUGUUUUCCGAACCAGAAAGAAACAGAUUUCCAAGUUACCUGACAAUCAGCUGAUUUAUACAUAACAAAACCAAACAAUAUGCUUAAGUUAAUUUUAAAUUUUACUUCAGUACGAAAUUUUUCAAUUAAACAGGCCACAAAGCCACCUAUUAAAUAUACAAAUACAAUUAAUUUGCCAAAAACAAAAUUUGCAAAUCGUGUGAGCGCCGCGAAACGCUUAGAAACGGAGCGGCAUUUAGUUGAGUCGGUGUUUUCUCAAGCAUAUUCUUAUCAGCAGCAGCAUAACAGCGAACCUACAUUUGUUCUACACGAUGGUCCACCAUAUGCCAACGGCGAUUUACAUAUGGGACAUGCUGUAAACAAGAUUUUAAAGGAUAUUACCUUACGUAAUCAUGUUACGCGUGGUCAGAAAGUGCAUUAUGUACCCGGUUGGGAUUGUCAUGGUUUACCUAUUGAAUUGAAAGCUACAGCCACGAAAGUAAAAGAGCAGGGUGUUGAACAAGAUGUGCUCUGUAUACGUCAUAGAUCACGGAAAUUCGCUUUGGAUGCUAUUGCGCGACAGAAAAGCGAGUUCCGAUCAUGGGGUAUACUAGGCGAUUGGCUUAAAGAUGAAUAUAUUUAUAUGACAAUGAGACCGGAUUUUAUAAUAAAUCAAUUAGAAAUGUUCAUGGACUUCUACGAACGUGGAUUGGUGUUCAGAGACUUGAAGCCCGUUUACUGGUCUCCAUCGUCAAGAACAGCUUUAGCUGAGGCAGAACUAGAGUAUGAUGUGAACUUCAUUAGUCCAUCAGUAUACAUACGUUUUCGAAUGACGAAUGCUCCUAGCAGUGUGAAAGUUGCUCCUAACACCAAUAUGUACUCAUUGGUGUGGACUACAACUCCAUGGACGCUGCCAAGUAACCAAGCAAUUUGCUAUAAUCCCUCAAUGGAGUACAACGUGAUUAAAUUAAACAAUUUCGGCGACGAUCUAUAUCUUAUUGGUAAAAGCUUAUUGCAAAAUUUUGCCGAAACUACUGGCAUUUCGUACGAGCAUAUUACAACGUUGCAAGGCAUAGAUUUGACUAACUGCACGUACCAACAUCCUUUUUUGGUUGACCAUAAGAAUUUGCCAUUUUUUGCAGCAGCACAUGUGCAGGACUCGAAGGGAACAGGUUUGGUUCAUACUGCGCCUGCGCAUGGACCUGAAGAUUUUUUAGUUGGUCUGGAACACAAAUUGCCAGUGAUUUGUUUUGUUAAUGAAGAAGGUAUUUACAGUUCGGAAGCUCCGAACUUUCUAAGGGGAAAAACUGCUUUGGGAGAAGGUGAUCAAUUAGUUUUGGAAAAUAUAGCAAGAGAUGUAGUACAUGCCAGCAAAUUAUCACAUUCAUAUCCCAUCGAUUGGCGCACCAAACAGCCUGUAAUAAUACGAGCGAGUGAGCAAUGGUUCUUGAAUACCGAACAGUUAAAAGACCGUGCCAUUGAAGAGAUCAGCAAAAUAAAUGUUUAUCCACGAUUACAAGCUGAUGCAAGUAGAAGAGCGCUGAUUACUCAAGUUCGAAAACGACCAUAUUGGUGUAUAUCACGACAACGUGUCUGGGGUGUUCCCAUACCAGUGUUUUAUGAAAGAAAAACGAAAAAAAUAAUUCUGAAUAGAUCUUUAAAUAAUCACAUCUGCACUCUUAUUAAAAAGGAAGGUAAUGUUGAUUUCUGGUGGUCGAAAAGUAUCGAAGAAAUAUUGCCUUCGAGUAUACAGCAAUCGCUUAAUAUUUCUACUGCUGAUUUGGAAAAGAGCGGAGACAUAUUUGAUAUUUGGUUCGAUUCGGGCAGUACAUGGUCAAGUGUGUUAAAGAAUGAAAAAGUAGCAGAUGUCUAUCUAGAAGGAUAUGAUCAGUUUAGUGGUUGGUUUCAAUCGGCCCUGCUAACAAGCAUUGCAGCUAGAAAUCGGGCACCUUACAAGUCAAUAUUUGUGCAUGGCUUUACAGUAGACGAUAAGGGUCACAAAAUGUCAAAAUCUCUUGGUAACGUGAUUUCACCAAAUGAUAUAAUUAAAAAGUACGGCGCCGAUGUUUUGCGGUGGUGGGCAGCAUCUCAUGGCUCUCAAAAUAUGUCCAUAACUGUUAGUGAAAAGCUGAUGCAACAAGCGGCCGAAAAUGUCAAUAAAUUGCGUGCCACUCUACGUUACUUGAACGGAGUAAUUGGCAAUACUACCGAAAUGCGUUAUGAUAAUAGCACUUUUCUAAACAGAUACAUUUUAAGUACUUUGUUGGAGUACGAAAAUGAGAUUCGACAUUUGUAUGAUGCUUGCGAAUACAAUCGUGUAGUAACUAGUAUACAAAAUUUUGUGGCAAAUCAAAUUUCAGCCAUUUAUGUGCAUACAAUCAAGGAUCGACUUUACUGCGGUGAUGAAAAAGAUUUAAGGAACAUUCAAUGUACCUUGCUUAACUGUUAUAUGGUACUCUGCAGUACACUUUGGCCUAUAACACCAUUUUUAGUAGAAGAAAGUUGGCUACAUUACGAUCCUAAGAGCGCUUUUCAUCAACAACACUUCAACGGUAAUCAAAAUUGGAAGGAUGUUAAUGCUGAAAAUACUAUAACUGCGGCACUGGAAAUUAAGCGCUUGAUAAAUCAACAAGCUGGCAGUACGAACUCUUUUUAUUUAUCAGUACAAAUUUCAUACAAUAAAAGCAAUGAGCAAAUGAAACUGCUUAAUGAAUUACAUGAAGCAGAAGGAACGUCAAUGAAUAAUUCCGAGCUUUGUGAAAUAUUACAAGUACAAAACGUAACAUUAUUACCAUCAAAUCAAGUUGAUUUAUGUGAUAUUGACGUCAAAAAGUUGGAAUUAAAUCUUUGCCCACGCUGUAGACGCUUUGCAGUUGAAACUGUCGAUUGCGUUUGCGAUCGCUGUGCCCAGGUUUUGGCAAAAAAAUAAAGAUGUUAUGUUUCUUAAAAA